AUGGUGGACUACUACGAGGUGCUGGGCGUGCCCCGCCAGGCCUCGAUCGAGGCCAUCAGGAAGGCGUACCGCAAGCAGGCGCUUAAGUGGCACCCGGACAAAAACCCUGAGAACAAGGAGGAGGCGGAGAGGCGAUUCAAACGAGUGGCCCAGGCCUACGAGGUGUUAUCAGACGCCAAGAAGAGGGACAUCUACGACCGAUAUGGCGAGGCGGGAGUGCAGGGCGGCGGUGGCGGCCGGGGCGGCAGGCCCUUCGGGGACCCCUUCGAGGACCCCUUCGAGGGCGUCUUCACCUUCCGCGACCCGGCCGACGUCUUCAGGGAGUUCUUCGGCGGCCAGGACCCGUUUUCGUCUCACUUAUUCGGAGACCUGCUUGAGAACAUUUUGGGCGGUCGGAGGAGCUCCCGGGGAAGCAGAAGCAGAAGCAGAGAGUCCGCACCGAUUUUCUCCACCUUCAGUGAAUGUCCAGCAUCUGGAGGCGGUUUUUCUUCCUUUGAUAGAGGAUUUACCUCCUUUGGUUCCCUGGGCAAUGGGGGCCUUUCUUCCUUCGCCAUGUCUUGUAGUGGUGGGACGGGCAACUUCAAAUCCAUGUCGACUUCCACCGAAAUCAUUAAUGGCAAGAAGAUCACCACCAAGAGAAUCAUUGAGAAUGGCCAAGAAAGGAUAGAGGUGGAAGAAGACGGAGAGUUAAAGUCCAUGAUGAUAAACGGCAAAGAGCAGUUACCACACCUUGACACCAAGUGA